CUACAGGUGGUUGUGUACCUGCUGUUAUUAUGUCUGAUACCAAUCUGGCUUUGGACCUUGCAAUCUCUGAGGAGUAUGAACAAUCAUAUGCAAUGCAUUACUUUUAUCAACCUAGAAAUUUACUUGUCCCAGAAGUUUUUGAACAAAAGUGGACACAGUUGGUUGGAAAAUAUAAUGAAUCUAGGGUAGUAAAGUAUUUGCGAAUAUUAUAUUCUUCAAAAAAAGCAUGGGCACGUGCGUAUACCGCGAAGGUCUUUACUGCUGGCAUACAAAUAACAUCCCAUGUUAAGAGUUAUAAUGCUCAAGUAAAAAGGCUGAUUUUAAACUCCAAUGUUAGUUUUAUUGAACUCGCUGAAGUGCUAGAAGCAAGUAUAGAAGAAGAAACAUUAUUUCAAGAACUCAAUAAGGCUUUUAGCUAUUUUAUUAUACUCGAAAUGCAAAAAAUUCAGCAUAUUGAAAUCAAAAGUUGUCUAAAUUAUAAUAUGACUACUAUUACAAAAGACGAAAUGAUUAAAUAUCAAGAGCCUGAGUCCAAUGAUACCUUUAAAAAUUAUUCUCAAGACCAACCUGUAGAAUUUGCUAGAUCUAAUAUGAAUAGAUUGUUUACACCUAUGACCGAUCUCUGGAAUGAAAGAAAAGAAAAUAUUAAUAAAUGGAAGCUAUAUGAAGAAUUGCAAGAUGUUAUUGAAAAGCUACAGGAUUUAUUAAAUAAAAUACAAGAGGAUGAGUUAGUAAUUAACUUGGCCGAUGAUG